CAGUGAUACGAUAUUAUUAUUUCUACCAACAUAUUGUGAUCUAUUACAAGAAUUGUGUGUUAUUUCUUUAUAGAUCUUUGAAAAUAAAUAAAGUAUAAUUAUGAUAAAUGUACAAAUUUGUACUGGAAAAACUACAAAACACAUAUUUAUUAGUGAUGAAUUGUUUUCAGUCGAUAAAAUAUGGGAGCGGUUUGAAGAAAUAAUUGGUGUAUCAAGAGAAAAUUUUUACAUAGUUCAUAAUGGCCGCACUAUUAAUGAAAGUAAUAUAUUCUUGCAUGGUUGCGUAACUAUUAUUCCAAAAUUAUUGGGUGGAAAAGGUGGUUUUGGCUCUAUGUUACGGGCCAUAGGUGCUCAAAUUGAAAAAACUACAAAUCGCGAGGCUUGCAGAGAUUUGAGCGGACGCAGAUUAAGAGAUAUAAAUGAAGAAAAAAGACUUAAAGCUUGGAUUGAAAAGCAAGCAAAACGUAAAGAGGAAGCAGCUGAACGUAAAAAGAAAAAGUUAGAAAGGCUUUGUGCAGAACCAAAGCAUGAGUUUAAAGAUCAAAAUUAUGAAAAAGAGAGAUCAAUUUUGACAGAAAAAAUUGGAGAUGCGGUAGAAGAAGGAUUUAAAGUUGCUAUUGCUGGAGGUUCAAGUAUUAAAAGAAAAUGUGAAGAGGAAGUUAAGAGUAAUAAGAAGAAAACAAUACUGGAUUUAGAUAUUGAUUCUGAUGAGCUUGAUACUUCAGAUGAUAGUGAUAUAGAAAAUAGUGAGCCAGUAAAAUUUAAUAAAUUCGAGCAACAAAUAUCUAAUGAAAGUGAGCGUUCUAGUGAUGAAACUGAAAGAGAUAAUGAUAAAUUAUAUGAAACAAAAGCUGAAAAAAUAAAUAAAGAGAAUGAAGUUUCUAAUGACAUUUCAUUUGAAAAAAGUGAAGAAAAAAUAGUAGAUUCUAAAAAUGACGUAAUGCAUCACUCGAAUUGGUUACUCUUAGACCAUGAUAAAUGUGGCAAUUCCAAUACCGAUCGUAUUAUAGGUGGUAAAAAUGCUAAUAUGGGUGCGUAUCCGUGGAUUGCUAGAAUAGGAUACAUCAUAGUUAAAUCUAAUCCAAUAAAUUUUAAGGGAUUGAAUUUUAUAUGCGGUGGUACUUUAAUUAAUAAAUACAAUGUAGUAACAGCUGCACAUUGCGCGACAAACUUACCAAAAUGGCUUAAAAUCACCGAUGUUCGAUUAGGAGAAUAUAACACGAUGACAGAUCCUGAUUGUGAAAAAGGAUACUGUGCCGAACCAGUUCAAGAUAUUAAAAUAAAAUCUAUCAUUGUUCAUAAAGAUUACAAUCAUCCGAGGUUUAGAAAUGACAUUGCUAUAAUACGUUUGGAUAAGCCCGCUAUUUAUAAUGAAUUUGUAACACCUAUUUGCAUGCCACAUAGUGAUUUGCUUAAAAAAAAUUAUAUCGGUGAAAUGGUGGAAGUUGCUGGCUGGGGAAUAUACGACAUAGAAACUUCUAAAUCAAGCAAAUUGCUUCAAACGAUCACAAUGCCGAUCCAAGAAACGAGAAAAUGUAGGGAAAUUUUUAAAACGCGUGCUACAAUAAGCGAUCAACAAAUAUGCGUUGGAGGUGUUAUCGGUAUAGAUUCCUGUCGUGGAGAUAGCGGUGGACCUUUAAUGAAAGUCGAAACCAUUGACGAAUUACCAAAAUAUUACAUCAUCGGAAUCGUUUCUUUCGGUGUAGAAGAUUGUGGUGCCACAACAAGUCCUGGUGUUUACACCAAAAUAUCUCAUUACAUCAUUUGGAUACUUGAUAAUAUUAAUUCAUAAAAUAUUCAUCGAAUA